CUACUAAUCUAUUACAUGCUUAUUCUAAUUUCUCCAACUAUCUCAAUCUUGUACCCUUUUUCUGCAUCUUGCAAUGCAAUGUCAUAAAUUUAAUUAAGCACCAUUAAACAAGAACAACAAAUAAAGAUUGUAUUUUUAUUAUACUUCUUGCUUCUAAUUGACUUGCACAUAACCCAUGUCUUCAAAGUCCAAAAUGUGUAAUGAUCACAUUAUGAUCAAUGGGCAGAUCUGGUUUAUCUGAUACUCCCAGUAGCAAGACUGGAAGAACUACACCUAGAGUUGCCAAAUUAGGAAAGCCAGGAUCACUCAAGUCAGAUGCAGAUUCACCUUCUCUUAUCCCUAAUCCUCGACUAUCGAUCGAUCGAACAUCCCCAAGAUCGGUUACCUCGAAGCCUACCAUUACUCGAACCCCCAUUCGACUCUCUACGCCUGAAAAGCCUCAGUCGCGUAUUUUGAAGCCAUCCGAGUUGCAGGCCCAAUUAUUAGCUGCACAAGAUGAUCUUAAGAAAGCAAAAGAAACCUUACUUUUGUAUGAAAAAGAGAAGAAUCAAGCACUCAAUGAGUUGAAAGAUGCAAAAAAACAAGCUGAUGAGGCUAAUGAGAAGCUUCAGGAGGCUUUGGUGGCUCAAAAACGGGCCGAAGAUACUUCUGAGAUCGAAAAAUUCCGUGCUGUCGAGCUGGAACAAGCUGGAAUUGAGGCUGCACAGAAGAAAGACGAGGAAUGGAAGAAAGAGUUAGAAGCGCUGAGGAGUCAAAAUGCUGCAGAUAAGACUGCGCUUCUCGCAGCUGCGGAAGAACUCCAAAGGGCCAAGCAAGAGCUUGCCAUGGUUACUGAUGCCAAGAACCUGGCUCUUAGCCACGCCGAUGAUGCCACCAUGAUUGCUGAGCUUCAUGCCAAAAAGGUUGAAACCCUGUCGGCAGAGCUUGCUAAGUUGAAGGGUUUGCUCGAGUCGAAUGCCAACGAUGGUGAUACCGAGAAUGGGAUAGUUGUGGAAUUGAGAUCAGAAUUGAGUUGUUUGAGGCAAGAACUUGAAAAGGCGAAAAACUUUGAGCAAGAACUUGUCAAGAAAGAAAAUUCGUCUAAGACGAUUGUGGGAGGAUUAAGAUCGGAGAUAGAAACCCUUAAGGAAGAGCUUGACGCGGUGAAGGCAUGUAAAGAGGGUAUGGUUGAAAAAGAGAAGUCAUAUGAAAAGGUUGUGACGGAACUUAAAUCGGAGAUCGUCUCUCGGGAAGAUGAGAUCGAGAAGAUAAAGACCCAUGAGCAGGAUUUGAUUCAUAAGGAAAAGUCUUACGAGAAGAUGAUUGAAGAACUUAAAAUUGAGUUGGGUUCUCUACGAGAAGAGUUGAAGAAGCAAGAGGCUUUCAAAGAAGAGCUGAUUAACAAAGAAGAAUCUCGCGAUAGGGUUAUUUCUGAGCGAGAUUUUGAAAUUGAUUCUCUAAAAAAGGAGCUCGAGAAUGCGAAGAGCUUUGAAGGGCAGCUGGCCGAGAAGACUUCAUUGUAUGACCAGACUGUUACGGAGCUUAAGUCAGAGAUAGAUCUCCUAAAUCACGAGCUUGAAAAGGCCGAGAUUCUCAACGCAGAACUACUCGAGAGAGAGAAAUUAAACGAGGUAAUCACAAGAAACUGUGAAACGGAGAUGCAUUCUCUUCGGCAAAAGCUGGAAUCGGCCAAGGGCUUUCAGGAGACAUUGGUCGAGAAGGAAGAGGCUUAUGAACAGCUAAAUGUAGAGUUGGAAGCCGCUAGGAUGGCCGAAUCUUAUGCUUUGAAUCUCCUAGAUGAAUGCAAGAAGAGAGCCGAGGAACUUGAAAAUAAGGUGGCAGAAUCAAAUAGACUGGAGAGAUCAGCAUCUGAAUCAUUGGAAUCGAUUAUGAAACAGCUCGCGGGAAAUAGUGAUAUGCUUCAUGAGGCAGAAUGUGAAAUUUCGGCUCUUAAGGAGAAGGUAUCUUUGUUGGAAAUAUCACUCGAGAAAAAGAAAACGGAUUCGGAAGAAUCAGAAAAUCGUCUUCAAAAAGCAAAUGAAGAAGUUAGAGUAGUAACCGAGAAAUUAGACUCGUUAAGGUCUGGGCUCGAAAUUAUGUCCGAGGAGAAAGCUCAGGCUCUUGAGAAUGAGAAACUUGCAGCCUGUAAUGUUCAGGACCUGUUAGAAGAGAAAAAUAAGCUCAUUAAUGAGCUUGAUACGUUGAAAGAAGAAGAAGAAAAGAGCAAGAAAGCAAUGGAGAGUUUGGCUUCGGCGUUGCAUGAAGUUUCUGCCGAAGCGAGGGAGGCCAAAGAGAGCUUGCUAUCAAGCCGAGCAGAGCAUGAGAACUUCGAAAUGCAAAUCGAGCAUCUUCAGCUUGUUUUGAAAGGAACGAGUGAGAACUAUGAGGCCGUGCUUGAAGAUUCAAAACGAGAGAUCGAUCAGCUUAAAAAUACCGUAGAACAAUCGAAGGUAGAUUUUGAUACUCAAAUGGAAGAUUUGAAGGUGGUUUUGAAGGCUUCAAAUGAGAAAUACGAGAACAUGCUUGAUGAGUCGAAUCAGGAGAUUGAUCGUCUUUCGAAAGAGAUGGAACAGUCGAAGCUCGGGCAUCAAAACGAGAAGGCGAAGUGGGAGGUUAAAGAGAUGGAGUUGAAAAACCGUGUUAAGACUCUGGAAGAUGAGAAAUCAACAAUUAAAGAGUCGGGGAUGAGUUAUGAGGACGCUAAGGUAGAGUGGGAACAGAAAGAGCUGCAGCUGGUGAAUAGUGUAAAACGAUCGGAGGAAGAGAAGUCGUCUAUGGAGAAGGAAAUAAUAAGGUUGGUUCAUUUGCUUAGGGAAGCCGAGGAAAAGGCUUGUGCAGCUCGGGAAGAAGGAUCCCAGCUAAGGAAUUCACUCGGGGAGGCUAUGUCAGAGUCGGUAUCCUUAAAGGAAGCCCGUGAUGAAGCUGAGGGCGAGACGUUAAAGUUAAAGGACGCUCUUUGUGGUAAAGAGAAUGAAUUGCAGAUCAUGAUCCGAGAAAACGAGCAGCUUUGGGCUGCAGAAGAUGCGAAUGCCUGGAAGAUAGACGAACUAACCAAGUUACUUGAAGAAGCUAAGUCCUACCAACGAACCAAAGAAAACGGAGAACUCUCAGAUAGCGAUAAAGAGUACGAUAUGCUUCCAAAAGUCGUUGAAUUUUCAGAGGAAAAUGGGCACACUAGUGAGCUUCCAUCUCAUGAAAACAAGGGAGUUAAUGGGGUGAGUGAGGGUGAUAAAAACGUUGUUUUGGCCGAGGCCGAGGCUGAGAACACAAAACCCACAUCAACGGAGAAUAAAGAGCAGGCGCAUGAUGAUUCUCCGGAAUCUGAUAUAAAGAUGUGGGGCCGAGAUGUUUCAACCGAGAUGGAAGCAGAACAAGUGUCAGUGGAUGACGAAGUUGAUUACAAGGCUGAACGUGGUGAAAGUGUCGAUCUAAUGAACGAGAUUUCAUCAGAUAACGGUGCAAACUCCGACUUGAAGCAGAAGAAGAAAAAACCGUUAUAUCGAAAAUUUGGAAAUCUACUCAAGAAGGGUAUGAGCAACCAAAAGUAGGUAUUUUAGGUAAGUGCAAUAUAGUAGUGUGAGUAUAUGUUUGUUCUAUUGGCUUCUUUUGGAAUGUAAAAGUAUGGAGAAGCAUGUAAUAUGAUGCCUAGAUUCUUUAUUUUAUUUUUUCUCAAGGUUGAGCCACCUUAAGAAGUAAUUAGUGUGUGAUUUGUUUUUCUAAUCCAAUGGAUUAGUGGUCUAGAUUUGUGCUUGAAAAGAAAGGGAUUAUAAAUUUGUUCUAAUCAAUAUGUUUAUUUCUGGUAAAAGUGAUUUGUGUACUGUGUAACUUGUAGACUGUAUACUACAAAGUUGUUUGGUUUCAUGGUAAUUCAGUUGGAAUUUCCUAUUCACAAAGUUUUAUGUGAGACGGUCUUACCAUGACAUGUAUAGCUCAAUAAGUGAAUAAUUAGCAUAUGCUCUUUGUUUUUGGGUCGUUUCAUCAAAAAAACGGUCUAUCAAAAGAAUAGUUCAUAUCUAUUUCAUAGGAAUUGCAUAUUUGUAUAGUAGUUUAGUUAAUUUGGGCAAAUAUAGAAAAUGAAAUUUGCCCUGAAAGUGCGAAGUCUCACAAAAUGUAGGAAUUUACUUACUAAACGGUUGUAGGUAAUUUCGAUUUUUUGUGUUAAUUGUAAAUUUUACUGUUUAACCGACGAAACAAGUAAAACUAUUAUAUGAGAAUCUGAAAAAGAAAAUAAAGUUUAAAGAAUAAUAAAUUAUCAUUCAAUUUAUGUUUCGUGUUAGCUAGCUUAACAUUUCAUUUACCAAACACAUCAGCAACUAAGAGUAAAUCUAAAUCCGACCCGUUAGCAUUCCUUAUGUUAGUGAGCGGUGCUACAUAAAACCACUGACAAAGUCAGAUUAUCAACAAUUCUUCUCUUGUCCAAUGCGGGUGAUAUUCGUAUAUUUCCUUUGUUCUGAAAUACUUGUUACAUUAUAGUUAUUAACAUUAUUUAUCGCUCAAGCUUAUUUUAUAAAUUGCUGCUAAUAUGUAACAAUAAAUACAGUCAAAUAUGAUCUUGUUUGAAUCGUUUAUC